CUCUUGUACUAUAAAUUUCAUCACCACCAAAGCAACAAUUGCUACCAAACCAAACUAAGCUAAGCUAGAGACACAGCAACAACAAUGGCAACUACUACUAGAUUGCUACGCACUUCUAGGCCAUUGGGUCUAGGUUCUUCGUCUUCCUCGUCGCCGUCUUCUUCUUUGUAUAGGUUGGAAUUGUCUAGGAGUACUAAGACAAUUAGGUGUCUAAGCAAGGUGGGGAUUGGUGGUGAUGGUCACGAGGUUAGGAAGCUAUUGGUGCCGGCGGUGAAGGUGUCCGUGGCGGCUUCGGAGAAUUUUGUCACUUCGAAACCAGAAACCAAAAGAGGAGGAGUGGAUGAUAUGGUGGCUUCUCUACUUGCAAAUGUUAAGAAUACCGCGCUUUUGAUAUUGAAGGUGGCUACCAAAAGAAGGCCAUGGAGAUUCCAUGUCCAGAUGCUUGUGGCAAGGAUUAUAAUUGACUGCCGAUUCUUUACAUUGUUUGCUGUUGCGGGAACUUUAGUUGGUUCAGUACUGUGUUUUGUGGAGGGUUGUUUUUUCGUUUUGGAGUCAUAUUUCCACUAUUUUCAUGCAUUGUCUCAUAGAUCAUCAGAUCUAGGACAUGUGGUGGAGCUACUAAUUGAAGCCAUAGAUAUGUUCCUGUUAGGAACUGCGAUGCUUAUAUUUGGGAUAGGACUGCAUGUCAUGUUUGUGGGAUCAAAAGGAAAAGGGACACAGCUUCCGGGAUCAAAUUUGUUUGGCCUUUUCUAUCUCAAGACACUUCGGACAUGGGUUGGAAUGAAGUCAGUUGCUCAAGCAAAGUCGAAAAUGGGGCACGCUGUGGCGAUGCUACUUCAAGUGGGAGUGUUGGAGAAGUUCAAGAGCGUAGCUGUGGUUACUGGCUUUGAUCUGGCAUGCUUCGCCGGUGCCAUCUUUCUUUCCUCAGCUUCAAUAUUCGUCUCUCUAGACUUGCUGUUGGUCGCACUACUCUAUCAAAUACUAGCUAGUCCAAGCUAGGAGUUUCGAUCAAGAUUUUCCAAUAUCUGCUCAAAUCACUGAAAAACAAAACUCCCCUAGUUUUAUCACACUUUAGCUGCUGCCUACACAUCUAAACAACAACAACGACGACAACACAUAUAUCGAUGAAGCAAGCCAAGACUGACCUUUUUGGAUACCCAUUAUUUUCUGUUCAAUUAUUUUUUUCUUUUUUUAAUCUAUUCUAUGUAUCUCAGUUAAAGAUCCUUCUUUGUAAGGAAUAUUAUAUUGUUGUAAUAUUUGAAAAAUAUAUAUACCGUUCAUGAAGCACUCAAUUUGUAA